UUUUAAAAUAAGAAGUUUUAAGAAAUUAAGUGUCUCCAAACAUUCAAACAGUGCCUGAAAUAUUAAUGUCUCCAAGCUUUUGGUUAAAUCACGAGUUUAAUAUAUGAGAUUUUCUUAAAUUCUUUCAAAGUGAGCAAUAUUUACACACGAGUAUUCCAAAAUUGAUGUGCUCUCGUGCAUCUCGAGGAUUUGCAUUCUAAGGACAGUUAUGGCUGAGAUAGGUGCCUAUAUAAGGAGGGAGGGAGGGAGGAAGGCAGGCAGAAAGAAUGAACGAACGUGACACAGAUUAAUUCCGUACUUCCUUAAAACAGUGGGUAACAUGCACGGGGGAACAUUAUCGUACCACCUGUGUGUGAAGAUGAAGGACCCUGAAAAACCAGCAACCCUCACCGUGGAGCAACAAAGGGAACUCUUACUCUGCGCCAGCGGUCGUCCGAGGGCAUCGAGGCCGCCUUUCCUUUGGUUUUUAUGUGCGACAGACACUCAGCUUGUCCCAGGGAGAAAGGACCCAGGAAUCGAUACCGUGAUGUGCCAGCAACACCUAGACGACCCAAGACGAGCAAAUCUGGGAAAGAACGUGGUGCGCGGCCGGUUUAGCAAGGGAAACAGGUGCUUCAGGGACGUCUCGGAGAACAACUCAGACUCAAGCACACUUGAGGCUGGGGGCUUGCACCUCUGGGUGUAGGGGCUGCCAAACUGGUGUCCACCCUUCGCAGGCCACACAGAGGCCACACCCGAGCACAGGCCUCCGGAGGCGGAGCUGGGGUCGGCCUUCCCGGGCUCGCCGCCCGAGCGCCACCGGUCUGAGCCCGCCCCUCCCACUGGGCUUUGUCCUUAAAGCCCCAGGCUGGGGUCGCCUCCAGGGACCUCAGCCGCUUCCGCUUCUGCGAGUCCGGCGUUUAGCCUCGGGGCCGCUUGGGCGCGGGCCGGGCUCCCGGGACCCCGAGCGGAGGACGCCCAGCCAGGCGACUCCCCGCCUCAGGCGCACCGGCCCACGGACGCGGGGGCGCGCCCGCGGGACUCCAUUUCCCAGCGCGCUGCGCGGAGCCGCCUGGCCGUGGCCACGGACGUCGGAAAGGGCUCCGCCCACCCGGCCGCAGGGCGGGCGGGAACUACGCUUCCCAGAAGGCGCCGCGCGUGCGUCCGCGGCGCGCAUUGGGCCAGCGAGGGCUUGCGGGGGCCGGACUUCCGGCGUCCGGGACUGUCACUUCGCUGCGGGGCGUGGGGCCACACCGGUGUUGGGCACUGCAGCGCGGCGGGCCCGGCUCGGCCUUCCAGGAGCCUCGGAGAGCCGGGCGAGGGCCGCGACGAGGGCGCGAGCGGAGGGCCGCUAGGCGCACGCCGUGGUCCCCGGCGACGGUCGCGCCCCCCGAGCCUCGGUUUCUCCGGGUGUAGCCCGGGCCGCCCCGCGGGGCUGUGGGGCGGUGCCCCGCGUCACGUGCUCUCCGACCCCCGGGCGGCCGGGGAGACGGCGUCCUGGGCGUCUGUGCCCCAGACGGCGGAGAGACUGAGGCCCGGAGCCGGGACGUCCGCGUAGCCGUCGCUUUCUGCGCGUCCGCAAGUACAGGUUCUGAUGGCGACCGCGGCGCUGACGGACCCGGCGCAGGGCCUGAUGGCCUUUGAGGAUGUGGCCGUGUACUUCUCCCAGGAGGAGUGGGAGCUCCUGGACCCAGCCCAGAGGGCCUUGUACUGCCACGUGAUGCUGGAGAACUUCACACUUGUGGCCUCGCUGGGACUCUCUGCCUCAAGACCCCGGGUAGUCAUCCAGCUUGAGCGUGGCGAGGAGCCCUGGGUUCUCGGUGGGACGGUUGCGACACCAGCCAGGAAUGCUCACAGGAAGCCCAGCCCUGGUUCCCGUCACCUGGCAUACGACAGGGUUGUUCCAGGAGCAGCAGAACUGCCAGGGGCCUUCCAUGACGGCUCCCCUCCAGCACCUACGAGGGUCCUCCCCUUUGCUGGCAUCUGUGAGCGUGGGAAAAGCCUGGAGGGCUGGCGGGGCACCUCCCCCUCUCAGGAGAAAAAACCCACAGGGGUGUCUGUAAUCUACUGGGAACGGCUCCUGCUAGGUCCUGGCGGUGGGGAGGCCAGUGUCAGUCUGCGGCUGACCUCCCCACUGAGGACGGUCGAGGAGAGCCCACCAAGAGAGAAGGCCCUUGUGACCCGCCCCAUGCCAGGCAAGCAGCUAAGGGCAUGUGGGGGCCAGAAGCCAUAUGGGCGGGAGGCCCCUGGAAGCGCUUUUCCCAAAAUUCCAGAAUUUGAGUCUGGUCUCACCUCUGGGGAAGGAGGAAAGAGUCCAGCUAGCCACAAGCCUCAUGGACUCCCUGCUGGCCAGGAGCCCCCAACCUGGGAUCAGCUGGGCAAGGCCCUCCACCCAGGCCCUGGCCUCCUUCCCGGGGAGAAGCCCUUCGAAUGCAGGGCGUGCAACAGAGUAUUCGUGAAGAGCUCGGACCUGCUCAAGCACCUGCGCACACACACUGGAGAGCGGCCAUACGAAUGCGCGCAGUGCGGCAAGGCCUUCAGCCAGACGUCGCACCUGACGCAGCACCAGCGCAUCCACAGUGGUGAGACGCCCUACGCGUGCCCGGCCUGUGGCAAGGCCUUCCGGCAUAGCUCCUCACUGGUGAGGCACCAGCGCAUACACACAGCCGAGAAGUCCUUCCGCUGCAGUGAGUGUGGCAAGGCCUUCAGCCACGGCUCCAACCUCAGCCAGCACCGCAAGAUCCAUGCAGGCGGGCGGCCCUACGCGUGUGCCCAGUGUGGCCGCCGUUUCUGCCGCAACUCACACCUCAUUCAGCAUGAGCGCAUGCACACAGGGGAGAAGCCUUACACUUGUGCCCUUUGUGGUGCCGCCUUCAGCCAGGGUUCCUCACUCUCCAAUCACCAGCGUGUGCACACAGGCGAGAAGCCCUUCGCCUGCGUACAGUGUGGCCGCGCCUUCAGCCACAGCUCUAACCUCACGCAGCAUCAGCUGCUGCACACGGGCGAGCGGCCCUUCCGCUGCGGGGACUGCGGGAAGGCUUUUGCCAAGGGCGCGGUGUUGCUCAGCCACCGACGCAUCCACACGGGUGAGAAGCCCUUUGUGUGCGCACAUUGUGGCCGCGCCUUCCGCGAGCGCCCGGCCCUCUUCCACCACCAGAGGAUCCACACGGGAGAGAAACCUGUGCGCAGGCCCCGGCGUGGGGCAGGCCUGACCCCCCAGGCCAGGCCUUCUUCGGUGGUGUCGUCAGAGGGCUCACUGGGGAGGGAAGCGGGGUCCACUUCUGCCUCAGGUCCGGCCGCAGUUUCGAAGCCUGCUGAAGCCUGAGUUCACAGCUCCAACCUUCCCAGGCUUGUCGUAAAACACCCACGUUCCCUGCGUACCCACAUUUUGGAGAAGACCCGUGUGUGCACUGUCGGUCCGUCUGCACAUGGUGACGACGUUUGCCAUUUCAGCUACGGCUCACUCCAACCCUACGUGGUCAGCCUGCAGAUCUAGCAGGGGCGUAUUCCCCCCAUUUGGAUGCUGGGACUUUGGCAGGGCAGAGACUCGGCAGUAGAGUGCCGUUUCAUGCCUAUUACGACUGUGGGUGCUCAGGUGAGGAGGGGGACUGCUGGAACGCUGGGGAGGCAGUCCUAGAAGUUUCCGCUGUCCAUGCACAGACUGGCCGCCAGGCCGACCCUCAGGAUAUUCUCCAGGGCCUCCUGAGAGCGGACCCAGUGGCUAGGAGGUCAUGUGGGGGCCAGGUGUUGACCUUGGGCUCUGUCUCAGCUUCCACCUCUGGGGAAAAGAGCGGACGAGAGAGGGAGAGAGAUUCAGGCCUACAGAGGGAUCCUGACAGGCAGGAUCUUGCUGAGGGUCAGCGUGUGCCAGUUGCCAGCCCUGUGAGGUGGCUGCUGUGGCUGGUAUCCCCACUCAGAUGAGGAAAUGGAGCCAGAGAGAGGGGAUGUGAGUUGUACACAGCAGAGCCAGGACUUGAAUCCAGGCCACAGGCCCAGCAUCCAGACAGCUCACCAGUCUGCCCCCGGGGUUUUAACAGCCAUGCUCGGCCUGCCAGUGUGAGAGCUGGGUGAUGCCAGGCCUGCCUGCCCGCUCAUGGCAGUCCCACAGUGGGCGGUCCCUGGGGUGGGGAGAGGGAGACAGACAUCAAGACUGAUAGGUCUUGAGCCAUGUUCUUUCAUUCGCUUUCUCAUCCAAGCCUUAGCAUUGGCCACGUCCCGUUGUUACCAAAGGCACCGCUACCGGAGCCUUUAUAUUCCCCCCGCCCUGACGAGAGGUGAUCAUAACCACAGGUUUGGAGGAGACCACAUGGGACUCCUUGUUUCUCCCCGUGGCCCUCAGCAGACCAGGGCCCAUCCUGCCGUCAGUCCUCACACCCAGGGAUGUUAGUGGUCUCUCUACUUGGGAACAAAAAAGAAAGAGCAAAAAUUAGAAGUUGGAAUGGAUGCACCUUGUGUAAAUCCUCGCACAGCACUGUGGAAGUCCACAGCC